AUGCCGGACCACAACGGUCAAUACGAACUCCUCCCACGCUCCUCGCGCGACCUCGACUCUGUGCCUGAUGAAUUCAAGGACAAGCCUCUGCCGCGAUCUCGACGAUCUAUAUUUUCAGUUGCGCGGAAAAUAAGGCGGGUAUGCAGAGUUUGCAGACCGUUGUAUAUCGUUGUGGCGUUGGUGCUCUUUCUACUAUGGCAGAUCACGUUCAAUACUUCGUACAUGAGCCCACCCCCGUUUGAGAUUCCUACGGACGAGAAGGUCUUUAUCGCGGCGAAUAUCAUCGAUGGAGAGCUGAUAGAUGGCGCGUGGGGCAAGUCGCUGCUGGAUUUGGUGGAGCUUAUAGGGAAGGACCGUGUCUAUGUGUCUAUCUAUGGGGGUCCUACAUCUGCGUUGAGGAACUUAGAUGGGAAAUUGCCAUGUGGGCAUAGUCUGGUAUCUGAGAAAGAGCACCCGUUGGAUAUGGAUGCUAUACCAAGGACGAAACUACCUACUGGAGAGACCAGAGUCAAGCGCAUUGCGUAUUUGGCGGAGGUGCGGAAUAAAGCGCUGGAGCCACUGGAUACGCUGAAGACGAGCUUCGAUAAAGUGUUGUUUAUCAACGAUGUGUUUUUUGACGCUCGGGAUGCUGCGAGGCUACUUUGGGGCACAAAUGUUAAUGACAAUGGGAAGAGUGUAUAUAAAGCUGCGUGUGGGACGGAUUUCGUGCAGUGGUGGAAGUUCUAUGAUACUUUUGCUACGAGGGAUGCUGAGGGUUAUAGCAUUGGUGUUCCUAUAUUCCCCUGGUUUGCGGGUGAAGAUGCGGCGAUAAGCAGGAGAGAUGUGCUGGAAGGGAGAGGUGCAGUGCGAGUCAAGAGUUGCUGGGGCGGUAUGACGGCUUUUGAUGCCAGAUAUUUGCAGUCGAACCCGGAGAACUCGAGUUCCCGAAGGUAUCACGGAGGUCUGGAUGGGGAUAUAGGGGUGGAUAUUAAGAGUACCCGCCAAGUCGAGCCCCCAACGCUGCCUCUGCGCUUUCGCUCUGAACCGGAACCAUUCUGGGACUCGAGCGAGUGUUGUCUGAUAUACACCGAUAUAAUGGCGUUGCCGGACUUCUCACCUGCCUCUUCCCCGUCUACUUCGGAUCCAGGAGCAACAAAAGAUCCCUGGGAUACGGGAAUCUACAUGAAUCCCUACGUUCGCGUUUCCUACGAUGCGAAGACGCAAUCCAUGCUCAAUUUAGGGAAACGCUUCGAACGCCUCUUCGCUCUCCCACAAGCCAUCGUCAAUCACUUUGCCCAUAUGCCCGUGUUUAACGCCCGGCGUGCUGAGGUUGAGGGGCAGAUCAUCAAAGACAAAUUGUGGAUCCCAUUCGAGAAUGCAACUGGGCAUACAGAGAGAGAUGAUGACCACGCGGAAAUAUAUCCAUCGCGGAUGAUGGGGAAGAGAGAAAUAAUAGGAGAGCCAUUGGACAGGGACUAUUGGGCCACCAAAGGACAUUACGUUGAUUUCAAUAGGACCGCGACAAGGGGUGCGUAUUGUGGCGUUAGACAGCUGCUCGUGAUGAAGGAGGGAAAGCUCAAAGAGGGCGAGGGCAAUUGGGAUAAUCUGCUCAACGAGGUGCCGCCAGUUGACCUUUAG